AUGUCUGAUAAAUCUAUAACAACUGAUAAUAACAUUGAUAAUUCUAAUAAAACAGAAUUAAAUCAUAUUAAAGAUAUUUCAAAUCAUGAUACAGAAAUAGAUUAUAAUGAUAAAAAGGAUGGUGUUUAUAAAAGUAAUGAUAAUAUUAAUCAAAAAGAUACUAGUCAUGAUGAACCAAUUAAAAUGAAAAAAAAUGAUAAACUUAAAAAAUCAGUUGGUUUUGCUCCUCCACCUGAAGAAGAUUUAAAAGAUCAUCAUAAACAGUUGAAAUUAAAACAAGAAGUUAAAGCAAAAGCUUCUCCUUUUCAUAAAAUUCCACCUGAAUUGGCAUAUUUAGAAAAAAAACAUUAUACAACUUAUCCUAAACCACUAGUUGAAGAUAAAUUUCAAAAACCAAAUAGUAGAUUUAGAUUACAAGAUUUACCAGAUUUAACAAAAUUGAAAUUUUUUGAUAUUAAAAAUAUUAGUGUUCAAAAUAAAGAAACUGAAUUACAAUUUCAUUAUAAAACUUUAAAUUUACCACCUGUAUCAAAUAGUGUAAUUGUUGAUAUUAAAUAUUCAUCAUUAAAUUCUUAUGAUAUUUAUAAAAUUAAUCAAUAUUUAUUAAAUUUAAGUAAUGUUGAAGUAGGUUUGGGUUUUGAAUUUGCUGGUGUGAUUACUAAUGUUGGUAAGUCCAUAAAAGACUUUGAAAUCGGUGAUAUAGUCUUUGGAUUAAUUGAUCCAAACUCAAAAAGAGGUUCUUUAUCAACUUCACAGAUUAUAUAUCCAAAUAGAGAUGUAUUGAUUAAAGUUGAUGAAAAUACAAUGAAUGAUUUGGAAAAGAUAAAUAUUAAAUUAGGAAGCGAAUUUGAGAGAACUAAAAACUUUAAAGUAGAAGAAGAAGAUGAACAAGAACAAGAACAAGAACAAGAACAAGAACAAGAACAAGAAGAACAAGAAGAACAAGAAGAACAAGAAGAACAAGAAGAACAAGAAGAACAAGAAGAACAAGAAGAACAAGAAGAACAAGAAGAACAAGAACAAGAACAAGAAGGACAAGAACAAGAACAAGAACAAGAAGAGGGACAAGGACAAGAACAAGAAGUAAAUGAUGAAACUGCGUCGAUUGAUAACAAUCAAAUUGAAUUACCUGCAUUAGCCAAAUUAUCAUCAAUUUCACUAUUAUACAAUCAUGCAAAACAAUUUUUGAAAUAUUUCAAACCAUUAACUAAUCAAAAAAGAUAUAAUGUGGUUAUAAAUGGUGGUGACACAAACAUCGGAUUAACUUUAGUACAAUUAAUGCUUAAUGAAGAGCCAUCGAUUGAACAUUUAAAUAUAAUAUUAAUAAUAAAAGAAAGUAAUAUGAAAAUUAUGGGGGAAUUAACCGAUUCAAUUGUUAGAAAAUUCUAUAAUCCAUCAAUUAAAAAAACUAUACACUUAUUGUCCUAUGAUUCAUUUAAUGAUGGUUUAUAUUUUGCUGGUGAAAAAAUUCCAAUGAGUUAUAAAAAACCAGAUUUCUUUGCAACUGAAUUCUUCAAUAUCUUGCUAACUCCAACAGAAGAAAUUAAUCGCAUAACAACAACCACGAUAGAUGAUUAUAAAGUUGAUAUAUUAAUUGAUCUUAUCGGUUGUAAAAAAUAUUUUCAACAUAAUAUAACAAAAUUGGAUCAAAUGAAUACUUUAAACUUACCAUUUCACAAAUAUACCCUGGAAUCAUUGAGUAAAUUGUUUGGAUCAAAUUCAGAUACUUUAUUAAAUAAAAUACUAAAACCCAAGAAAUUUGGUUCCUAUGUUGUUUCAGGUUGUAAUUUUUAUCUUAACGAGCCAAGUUAUGAUAUUGAUAAAUUAAUCGAUUUCGCUAAAGAAAGUUAUAUAAAUCCAUGGACUUCAAAAUGGUCAAGUAAUCUACUUAAUAAUUGGACACAAUAUAAUUUUGCUGAUGAAAAAUAUUUAAUAAUAAACAAAAAAUGGUGUUUAGAAGCAUUAACUUUAGUUUUAAAAGAUAAACUAAAAUUCAAAAUUGAUUACUUUGAUGAUUGGAGGAAUGACUAUAAACAACAGAUUAAGAAAUUAAGACAUCAAGAUGGUAAAAUGAUUUAUAAAAUAGAAGAAUUUUAA